AUGGACCAUACAUCAAGCAGCAGAGGCCAUAACACCUUCGCUCAAUUGAAAUCAGAGGCAACCACCGCAGAUACUUCCUCUCCCUCCACAACUGUGACCGCUGCUGCUGCCCCAGAAUCAUCUAUCCUGGCGGUCAAAUUAUCAGAAGACUCUGAAGGCCAGGCAGAGCCUGGCAAUCAUGAAGUCGAUGAUAGUAAGCGCUCGGACUUUGACAGCUCGCGUUCCUCAUUGAAGGAAGGCGGCUACCACGGCUCUCGGGGACAGUCGCCAGUUGUUCGACGAAGCCGAUCUGGCCGACUGCUGAGAUCUACAGUCCAGUAUGACGAACGAAGCAGUCGCGGUAGCAGCCCUGAAACCUCUGCAGAACCACAAGGCUCCUUCAUGCAUCGGACGCGGUCAUCAUACCAUGGCCGAAUCGGCCAAUCAGACAGUGAGGGACAUCCUGAUCUAGAUAUCAAGGGCGAAAGGCUCUCAUCAGGGAAUAGCGACAAUGCCGUUAAUUUGCCUUCUCAGCAAGAACACGACACUCGUCAAAGAGGAGAAUACGGCAAUACUAACCAGGAUGAAUUGGCAAGCGAGGAAGAGCACGAGGAUGAUGGCUUUCCAGAAGACGGCGACGAUGUGAACAACGAAGGAUCUGAGUCUCAGGACGCCAGUUCAUCCAAGAAUGAUGAUGGAUCUGAACCUCUUGUCGUUUCAAUGUACGGUUCCCCAAGUUUGGUGAAAGUCAGGAGCAUGUUUAUCGACAAACUGUACAAGUAUGAGUCUUAA